UCCGCCAGGAAUCAGAAUCGCUCCUUCAUCUGACAACAUGGCGAGUGUUCGUGUAGCCUCCCGACUCCUCUCCAAGAGGGUGCUGUCUAAAACCACAGCAGUCCCUGCCGCUGCAGUGCAGGAGUCCAGACACUUUCACUUCUCCAUCUAUGGCAAGAAGAGUGGUGCCAAAGUAGCAGAUGAUAUCUCCACUCAGUACCCGGUGGUGGAUCAUGAGUUCGAUGCUGUGGUGGUCGGAGCUGGAGGAGCUGGACUCAGGGCAGCUUUUGGUCUGUCCGAGGCCGGCUUCAACACUGCGUGCAUCACCAAGCUCUUCCCCACCAGGUCUCACACCGUCGCUGCACAGGGCGGGAUCAAUGCAGCUCUGGGCAACAUGGAGGAGGAUGACUGGAGGUGGCAUUUCUACGACACAGUGAAGGGAUCUGAUUGGCUGGGAGACCAGGACGCUAUUCACUACAUGACAGAGCAGGCACCUGCAGCCGUGGUGGAGCUGGAGAACUUCGGCAUGCCGUUCAGCCGCACUGAAGAUGGGAAGAUCUACCAGAGGGCAUUUGGAGGUCAGAGUCUCAAAUUUGGAAAAGGAGGCCAGGCCCACCGCUGCUGCUGUGUGGCGGACCGAACGGGACACUCUCUGCUGCACACGCUCUAUGGCCGGUCGCUCCGUUACGACACCAGUUACUUCGUGGAGUACUUUGCCCUGGACCUGCUGAUGGAAAACGGAGAGUGUAAAGGAGUGAUCGCUCUCUGCAUGGAGGACGGAUCCAUUCACCGCUUCAGAGCCCAGAAUACUGUCGUCGCUACUGGGGGUUAUGGAAGAACCUAUUUCAGCUGCACAUCUGCCCACACCAGCACAGGAGAUGGGAAUGCGAUGGUGACCAGAGCCGGCCUGCCCUGCCAGGAUUUGGAGUUCGUACAGUUCCAUCCCACCGGGAUCUACGGCGCCGGCUGCCUGAUCACAGAGGGUUGCCGUGGCGAGGGAGGCAUCCUCAUCAACAGCGAGGGCGAGCGCUUCAUGGAGCGCUACGCACCCAACGCCAAAGACCUGGCCUCCAGAGACGUGGUGUCCCGCUCCAUCACCAUCGAGAUCCGAGAGGGCAGGGGCGUCGGUCCGGAGAAGGACCACGUUCACCUGCAGCUGCACCACCUGCCCCCCCAGCAGCUCGCCACCAGGCUGCCGGGCAUCUCCGAGACGGCCAUGAUCUUUGCCGGAGUCGACGUCACUAAAGAGCCCAUCCCCGUGCUGCCCACCGUCCACUACAACAUGGGGGGAAUACCCACCAACUACAAGGGGCAGGUGAUAACUCACGCCAACGGAAACGACAAGGUGGUCCCCGGACUGUACGCCUGCGGCGAGUCGGCGUGCGCCAGCGUCCACGGCGCCAACCGGCUGGGCGCCAACUCCCUGCUGGACCUGGUGGUGUUCGGCAGGGCCUGCGCCCUCACCAUCGCCGAGGAGCACAGGCCCGGAGAGAAGCUGUCCCCUCUGACGCCCAGUGCAGGUGAGGAGUCCGUUGCCAACCUGGACAAGAUGAGGUACGCCAACGGGAGCCUGAGAACCUCCGAGAUCCGGCUCAACAUGCAGAAGACCAUGCAGGCGCACGCCGCGGUGUUCCGUACCGGCUCCCUUCUGAAGGAGGGCUGCGACAAGAUGGACGCCAUCUACGAGACCUUGGAUGACAUCAAGACCUUUGACAGAGGCAUCGUGUGGAACACGGACCUGGUGGAGACCCUGGAGCUGCAGAACCUGAUGCUGAACGCGGUCCAGACCAUCCACUCCGCGGAGCAGAGGAAGGAGAGCCGCGGCGCCCACGCCCGAGAGGACUUCAAGGACCGCGUCGAUGAGUUCGACUACUCGAAGCCGCUGCAGGGCCAGGAGGAGGUGCCCUACGAGCAGCACUGGAGGAAACACACCAUGUCCUACGUUGACCCCAAGACCGGAAAGGUGACCCUGGAGUACCGCCCGGUUAUCGACCACUCCCUGGACGAGCAGGUCUGCGCCCACGUGCCUCCCGCCAUCCGCUCCUACUGAGAACAUCUCCUCCCCUCUGAACCUUCCACGCAAUUCUUUCAUUUAUAUGCUAUUUAUGAUGAUGAUGAUGAUAUCCGGGACACGCUAUGCUUCUGGUGGCUCGUGAUUCAUUUACGAUGGUUAAAUACAAAACUGUCUCGUCUUCAAACUCCAUCCUCCGUCUCACCUUCCUCGCUCCUCUGUUUGUUGCCUUGGUUUUGAAUCUCAACGUGGAUGUUGUGUAUAUAUUACGAGGGACUCGUCGCACCAGUGGGCGACUUUUUCAGCCUCCGGCUUCGGGGAAGAGAAUAUUUAGGCUUUCUGUGACGACGCCGUACUCGCAUCUUCUGUUGCAUUCUUCAAUUGUAACUUUGAUCUCCUUCUCUAACGUGAAGAGAUUGUGGAAAUGAUGGCGAGUUGAAAAGCUCGAGCCUCAGGGGGGAAGUUUUAAGUCUGUAAAUAUUGCUUUAAUGUACAAUAAACAUAACGAGUUAUACUUGUUGAAGUUCGAGGUACUCCGUCCUCACUCAGUAUGGCCUUCAGUUUUUAUAAUACCAAGUACAUCCUCUAUUUUAUGGGCACACAUAAUCAGCUGAUGGACUUAAUUGACGCUCACUUAUCUCUACUUCUGCACUCCGAAUGAAGCAGCUUAAUGCGUGGAUGCAUUUUGCCAAAAUCUGGUGAUUCAUCUGCUGGUGCAAUGGCCUAUUCAUACACUUGUUGUUGUUGUUGUUAAACACACGACGUUCAGCUCAACGACGCACACACAUGUUUUCUUGGUGGCUGACCCGUGUUCCUCCUGCAGUAAGAGUGGUUCUGCUCCCCGACUCCUCAGGGCUUCAGGAGCCCUCCAGAUAAGGAUGGUUUCCAUUAUCGGUGGAAUUGUAGAUUACAUCGUUCUGUAUUUAACCGCUGAAAGGUUUGACUUCAUUUACUGUAUCACAAAAGGUUUCACUUCCUUUUCCAUUUGUACUUAUUUGUUCAAUAAAGUGUAGAAACGAGA